AUGACCGAGUCAUGGCCAGAGAUCAAACCCCCACAAGAGCCGUUCAGCAUGUUGAUGCCUCCGAGGGUGACCGGCUUCAACCUCCGGCGCAAGAAAUGGAUCGAUCUCUCAGUCGACCGCAUCUCACAUAUCGAGUGGGACAAAGACGCCUUCGAAAGUCUAGCCACCGACUCUAAAUCCAGAGACCUCAUUGAAGCACUGGUGACCAACCACGUCGAACUCGAGUACUCCGCCAAUCUGAUCACCGGCAAAGAUAACGGACUUAUCUUGCUUCUACACGGUGGUCCAGGAACAGGCAAUAAAUUGACCGCAGAGAGUGUGGCUGAAAUAGACGAGAGACCCCUCUAUCGAGUCAAAUGCGGUGACGUCGGAAUCAAGCCAGAGGAGGUGGAGAAGUAUCUCGAGUCCGUGCUACACCUGGGCAAGAUCUUCGAGCAGCGUGGUCUGGAAUAUCUGAACUGGAAUGCGCUCGUAUCGGCAUUCCUACGCGUGAUGGAAUAUUUCGAGAGAAUCCUGAUCCUGACCAUCAACCGCCGCCUGGACGGGUUUGACGAAGAGGCUGUUGAUGUUGAAAACCUUAUGGGGAGCUUGGAUGUACUUCAAAAGAAGAAAUUGAAUGGUAGGCAAACUCGGAAUGCCAUCACCACUGCGCGGCGGAAUGGAAAAGGGAGCUUCUCACGUAUCGUCACCUCAAAGAUGUGA